UUUACCCAACGCAGGGACGGAGAUUACCUGGAACUCCUCUCAGGUAUGGCAAGCGGACGAUGAAAACCUCGUUACUCUGUCACAUCAUUGAAGGACGGCGUGUUUUCCGGCUUCAACUGUCCCUAUUCUCGAGAAAUCAAAUCUGGUCCUGUUUUCAUGGAAGUUCAGCAUUGAUAAUGUAAAAUAUAUCUGAAAGAGAUCAUUUCCCAAGUCAUGUAUAUGCGAACAGAAGCCAUGGCGAGAGGGAAUUUGUUGCCUUGAACUUUGGUUUUUGAAUCCAGAUAGGUUCAUGCGAAACCAUCACCUGGAGCUCCGGGUCCUUGUAAUCUGCAUCCGGAGCAGGAAUUACACCCCUCUUCAAUGGAGACAGGGUAUCCAUCUGCCGCUUUUUCCUGGAUUGAGGCUAGUGUACCGGGCGUCAUGUUCUAUUCAUACUUUUUGUUGACAUACAAUUCAUUGUCAGCCUCUUUAUUUAUGUGUUGUAGACCGGGCAUCCUUUCGCUAGAUUGCAUGGAUGGCGGGACGCUUUCUACUAUUGGAUUUGGCUGAAAUACACAUUAGCUACAGUUUAUACGUUGAUAUAUACCCUUUUAAAUGGCAACAAUGAGGAUGGUUAAAAAGUAUUCUGUAUGAGGCGCAGAUCCAAUUCGGUGGUCGCCCAAAAGGGGAAUUUGGGGUUGAGCCUCAUUAUUUACUCCCGCCGCGACCUCCACAACCAUUCCUCAUGUCAGGAUUGGAACUCAUGCUGUCCUCCAUCUCAGCCUCAGCUAGCCCUUGCCUUGGCUAUUGUCAAGUCGAAGCCUUCAAAUACCACGAUAAAAGAUCAUAUUCUCAAAAUUCGACGGCACAUCCAAAACGGCAAAGCAUAUCAUGCCCCUGAAUUGCCAGAGAAACAUCUAGACAGUAUAACUUUCUGGCGGGAAGCAUAUGAGAUGUCAGAGUCUGCCCAAAGCAAGCUUCUCGACAAAAUAUACGAGUUAGAGCAACGAAAUGCGGCCCUCCUUCUCAAGGGCGGGGAGUCCAAUGCUUCUGAAACCAAUGCGCCUAGGACGAAGAGGAAAAUUAACGGUGAUGGAGAUUCAACAGUACUGAGCCAUGCGCAAAAGAGGGCCAAAACCACGAAGAAUGGAAGACUGAAUACAUCUCGGCCUCAGAGCAAGGACUUUUUGAGUGGUACGGCGGAUGAGCUUGGAUUUUCAGAGAUUUCAACUCCGUUUCUGAGGCAUUUCCAUGCACUCCAAAAGCAGCUACAGAGAAAGAUUAACCACGAAGCUCUUGUGUCUCUUUCCGUGGGCCUAUGUGAAGCGAUUGACAUAACCAUUCGGUCGAGAAUAGGAGACAAACGCACCAGAUCGAAUGUUUCAGUUAAGCAAAAGACAUUGCAGCCACGCGAGCCUGGUUUACAGCAUGUUUUAAAGGGAAUCUGUCCUUCAUAUCCUUUGCUCCUACAGACCUUGAACAAAUUGUCCGAUAGUGACGACGCAGGCUCCGGUAUUGGGGUGCUAACCUACCACAUAAUCCAGCUUUUCCAGAAAACUCUCGGUCAUAUGCAUCAGUAUAUAAUUUCAAAAGGAAAAGAAAGCAUAGCACAAGGAAUACCCGCCGGCAAAAAGGGCAAGCAACGGUCUAAGACGAAAAUGACGAAGACACCGGCUAGCCCAUUGAUCACAUCAGACGAGGAAUUAACUUUAAACCUCUUCAGCCAUUUUCUCGCCAGUAUGAUCCUCUCACUCAAUCCCGUCAAACCGCAAGAGAAUAGUUUACUAGAAGGAUUUUUAUUUUCCAUUCUAGAAAAAGUGGGUAGGACACUGUGCCUUUUCGUGUUCAAAGAAUUAUAUUCCAAUUCCGACCUCCGUUUGAAUCCUGCUAAACUCCCCAUGCCGGGUAACUUCGAUAAAGAGUACCCUGCCAGGGGAGAAAUGGCAAUUGCCCAACGCGCGGCGGAAUGCGAAGCUAGGCAUCUAAUCUGGAUUCUUGAAAGGGCAAUAGCAUUCACAGACCAAUUUGAACGCCCUAGCGAUGUGAUAAAUGGUGAUUUGGUUCUGCCUGAAACAACUCUACCUAAGGGGCCGCCGUCCGAGGGAAUACUGCAGCGCGCAAAAACUAAGUUGCAAAAUACUCUUUUGAAAGGGAUCUUCGGGGAAAACGAGCCCAAAUUUAGGGAUUCCUUGAAAGUGCCGGAGAAGCCGUCUUAUUCUCUACCAGAGGUUUCGUCUGGCCGUUCGUUUGAUUCAGCUGCAACAGACCCUGCUGAGUGGUUUACACAAGAAGUUUGGCGCUUAAUUGGGUGGGACGUGUUGCUUGAUGAGAAGUGAAUGUUGAAGGGAAUGAUGUGGUCCAAGCCCGAUCUGUACUGCCCACGGUCGCCAUGUUUUUGAAAGUUUGAUUCUUUUAUUUUUAUGCAUUGAUUCAGCAACAUUUCUGUUGUGAUUCAGUGAGUUUUUUACAGCUGUAUUAUUUCUACAUUCGCUAUUAUCACAGUUCCUAUCUUGAUAUCUGUGGGAAGACGAAAUGUCAGGAUGCCGAAUGUCCGGCAUUCUGAUUAUGACUGGAAGGACUUUCUGUCAAUUUGACGUGGCAUAUCUAUAUACUUAUCCUAUCUAAUGAUACUCCAAACCAUAUUGCCUACGCAACAAGUUUUACUUUUCCGUACUUCUUGGAACUAUGAUCUUUCUCCUAGCUCUCAAGAUUUAGAAUCUUGACAGCAUUGCCUCCCAAAAUGGCCUUUGCAGUAUCCGACUCAGCUCCGAAAGCGCCAUCGAUAACUCUCUGGUUCAUCACGACACUCAGCCAUUGCUUAUCCUUACCAUCAAGGGGAGGGAAAAAGGGGUGAUCGGUUCCUGAUAUGCCAAAGUCAUGAGAUAUGAACUUUUUUUUACAGAAAAUAACGGCGUAGGACGUAUAUAAUGGUGAAGGGUUUUAAUUUAUGCAACUUACCAAAUAGAACUCGAUCCACAGACCCUGCCCCAUGCACAGCAGCCCUCAGUCCC